AUGCGCGGCCUCCGGAGUUCGAGGGAACUCAUUCACUCGCGAAAGGGCAACGUUCGUGUCGCGGCGACCGCCUCAAUGGCGACGGCUCACGCUCCCGAGCAGCACGCGAGCUCAGCUCACUGGGUGAAGGAGCCUGUUGCGCGCGAGCGAGGCUUCCGAGAGACCUACUUGUGUCAUUUCUGCGCGAACCCCUUCAGCGCGGUAUCGCUUCCCCUUCACGUUCGUGGCUGCAAGGAGAGGAAAGAACUCCUCCGCGGUAGCCUGCCGCUCGCGGGGCCCCCGGACGUGCCACCGACGCCUGAGUGGCGACGCGAGUACAACGAAUGGGCGCGGGACAUAGCUUUGAACCAAGACCUCCUCACGCCCUGUCAGCUCUGUGGCCAUGGCGUUCUUCCACAGAGACUCUCGACGCACCUCUGGAGAUGCGUACUAAAUUCGGGGUGCUCGCCAGCUGACGCAGGCACUCCGCUCUGCAUCGCCGCUCCCUUCAGCCCAUAUGAGCAGGCGAGCGUCUGCGCGCCCCUCAGGGCGUUGGACGAGGGGGAAGGCCCCCGCGCGUCCGCGGCUCGGGCGAGUCACAGGCCUCCGUUCAAGCUGCCCUCCGUCCUUGAGGCUUGGGCCCGGUCGGACCCCGGCGCCCAGCCACGGCGAGAGACCAGGGGCGCGGAGACAGCCAACCCCACGCGGCGAGGCCGCGCCGCGAAGGGACGCCGCUCCGAGAGAGAGACAGUUCCUGCACGACCAAAAGCUUGCGGCGUGCCUCCGUGUUUGCGCUUUCGCUUCGCCGCGCCUCCCGCAGAGAAGCCGCGGAAAGGCGCCAGAGACGCGGACUCGCUGCUUUUCUGGCAAAGAAAAGAAGCUUCAGCGUACCUGAAGUGGUUUGCGAACGCCACGGACAAGAAUUUCCACGUCCGAGACCGCGCACAACACGGCGCGCAACCCGAUCGGGAAGAAAACUAA